GGAAGAGAAGACUGGAAGAUUCGGAUGAGGAAAAUGGGAAUCGAGCCAAAAAGGAAAAACUUAUGCAACUUGGACAGCAAGAUAAAGAAUUAAUUCAUGAUCUUAUCGAGGGCUUAGAUACUAUUGACACAUGUGAUCCCAAGUUUGAAUUACCACAGUUGCCAAGAAUUGAUAAGUCAAUUGUUUACAAUCGAAAGUGCUAUGAAUAUCUCCGGGAUUUUAUUCUCAGUGAUGAAAGUUAUGUACGAUAUUAUAUAACUGGCAACCCGGGUAUAGGUAAAACGUACUUCGGAAGACUAAUGCUAGUUGAACUUCUUAAACGUAAAAAGCAAGUUCUGAUAGAUUAUAAAGGAUUUACAGCAUUUAUUGAUCCCACGGAACCCAAAAAUUUCUUACUAAAAAUAGAAAAUGAGAACGAGUUCGGACAAAUUGCACAACAAAAGAGCGUAUGGUGCAUAAUCGAUGGUGUAAAUCCUAAAGUGGGCCAUGAUUUCUAUGGAGGAAAGAUUAUUUUAGUAUCUUCACCUAAGAAAGAAAUAAUUGGGGGUUUCAUGAAACAUCAGGGAUGCAAACAAUUCAUUAUGCCAACGUGGGAAGAGUUAGAG